AUGUAUAACCAAUUAAUUGUUGAAAGGGUUAUCAAUGCAAGGUAGUGAUAUGACUAUUAAAGUAUAAAUUGAUUAAAAAAAGAGUCAUAGAACAAAUAUUUGCUUAAAGAAUCCAAAUAUAAUAAACAUAAUACGAAGAAAAUAUAGAAUAUGUAUUAGGUGAAGCCAAUAUUUAUUGA